CUUUUUCGCCAGGUGACGUCGGGUGACGUGAGGCGUGGAGGCGUGCGACGUGCUUCCGAGGCUUCCGAGCUUCCGAGCACCUUCCGAGUUUUAACGAAACACGGCAACACGGCAACACUGUUUUCGCAACAAACAUGGCGACCGACUGGGAAGAAGUGAAACGUCUCGCAGCUGAUUUCCAGCGCGCCCAGCUCAGCACCACGGUGCAGAGGCUGUCAGAAAGGAACUGCAUUGAGAUAGUGAAGAAGCUUAUUGAGCUCAAGCUGAUUGACGUCAUCUUCACCAAUGAUGGCAAAGAAUACAUCACCCCGAAGCACUUGCAGAAGGAGAUCAUGGACGAGCUCACAGUGGCUGGCGGUCGGAUCAACCUGGUGGACCUGGCACACAACCUUAAUGUGGACCUCAGCCACAUAGAGGCCAGGUGUUCGGAGCUCCUGCGGUCGGAGCACAGUCUCCAGGUGGUGCUCGGUCAGCUCAUCGACAGGUCCUACCUCGACACCUUGGCCGAGGACAUCAAUGAGAAACUCCAGCAGGCCGGGCACAUCACGUUUGGCGAGAUCACCAAACAGUAUGACCUUCCACCGGACUUCUUAGAAGACGUGAUCCAUUCGAGGCUCGGUUCAACCAUCAAGGGUCAUGCCGACCCGCACGACCGAAGACACAUCUUCACCGACGCUUACGUCGCCCAGCACAAAUACCGCGUUCGUGGCGCCCUGUCUGCUGUUACAAGGCCUGUGUCACUGAGCAGCCUCGUGAACAUGUUCCAGUUUCCGGAGAAACUGCUGUAUGGCAUGAUAGAGGACCUGGUGAAGGAGGGCCGCCUGGCCGGGAGCCUGGUGGGGGGCCGCUCUGAGAGGGCUUCAUACAUCCCGGACCUGUACUCCCGCUCCCAGGGCAGCUGGGUGGACACCUGCUACCACCAGAACGGUUACCUCGAGUACGACGCCCUGACCCGACUGGGCAUCCAGGACCCGAAGGGGUAUGUGAAGCGGCGCUUCAAGGACGACGGCCUGGUGUUCCUCAAGAACCUGUGCUUGGGGCAGACGCUGCUGGCACAGGUGGAGGCCGCUGUGGACGAGGUGGCCGCCACAGGUGCCUGGGUGGACCUGGCGCCCUUGCUGCCUUCUGUGUUCAGCGCCGAGGAAGUGUCGAGUGUGAUCCAGGCCGCUCUCAAGUCUCGGCCCAAGGGCAGUGCGGCUGUUCAGCAGCUGCUGGACACGAUGGUGGUCAGCGAGGCAUUUGUUGAGACCUGCAUGCGCUCCUUCGACCCACUCAUGACGGCCAAGGCCGAACUGGACUCGCAGAAGGGCGUCGUGUUCAUGGAGGCGGUGUCGGCGGGGCCCGGAGCCUCCCACCGGCAAUCCACACCUCCCGUUGCCAUGCCAACGGCCACAGACGACAAGCAGGAGAAGAAGGACGAGCGCCGCAAGAAGGCCACCGGUGGCAAGUCCGGUGGCGGCACCCAGGGCCGGGAGACCAAGACCAAGGCGGUCAAGUCCAAGAAGCGGACGGGCGGCAAGGGCGGCCGCGGCAACGACUCGGAUUCGGAGGAGGACCGCCCUGGGGCGGACGCAGACCGGGGGGGCUCCUCUUCCGCCCGGAGCCACAAGGGCGGAGCAGAGCUGGAGUUCAUGACGGUGCAGGAGAUGCAGGCACAGCUGGAGCAGCUCAAGAUCCUCGAGGACUGCCCCAAGGAGCUCAGCCUCAGCAUCGCCCAGAAGAUACACAGGCCCCUGACGCGGCAGUACCAGGAGGUGGCCCGGUCGGUGUUCCUGACGUCGUCGAGCGCCUCGGGGGCUGCCCGGCGCAAGACCCACGCCGAGCUGCAGGACAAGCUGGCCACUUUGCUCACCAGCAUCCAGCUCUUCGACAAGGGCCUCAAGCUGCUCCCGGACGACCUGCAGUCGGUGCUCGGGAAGCAUCUGCUGAAGACGCUGUGUUCGGACUUCACCAACCUGGUCGUGGGUUACCUGGCCGUGGAACAGGGUGCGGCCAAGGAAGCCGACGUGCCUCCCAACAUGGCCCCGGAGGUGCGGCUGAAAUGGAUACAAAAACUUCCUGCAGAUAUCAAGGGACCGGUGCUAAAGCUUCACCAAUCCCUGUCCGCUAAGACGACGGAAGACUUCCUGGCGGACGUGGAUGUGGUCCUGGGAGCGGGCGUGUGCGACAUGAUCAUCCGCUCUGACAAGAAGAAAGAAAGGCAGGCCCUCCACGGCCACCGGCAGGCCCUGCUGGCGCAGCUGGCCGAGGCGCGGGAGGCGGCGCUGUGCCUGCACCUGGCGGUGCUGCUGGUGGCCCAGGCCCAGACGCAGCGCAUGGUGCACGCCUCGGGCAAGUUCGUGCCCCAGCUGGUGGCCUUCCUGCGGACCCAGCUGCCGCCUGAGGUCUUUGCCACCCUACACGAGGCACAGGAACUGGUCAUGAAACAUCUGACUUUGGAUGACACUUCGGAAGAAAAAUCUGAGGUGGCUUCCAAACUUGAGGAACUCAUUCCGAGACUGAAGGAGCUUGGUGCAACGUACAAGAGGCAAGGCACUACGGAAGAAUGAAGCAAUCAACGGAUGAAAGAAAGCUCUGUUUCACGUUUAUCUUAGCCGCUUCAGACUUUUAAAAGUUUAGAACCGUGUGGAGUUUUAGGCACUGCACUCCAGUGUGAUUUGACAAUAAAUAUGGAUAUAUUUUUGA